GUUCGCCUGCUCUCCCUCCCUCUCCCUCUUUCCUCUCUCUCUCUCUCUCUCUCUGCCUGCUCUGCUCGCUUCAGUCCGGGAUAAAUAAAGCCAGCCAGAAGGAUGCGGAGAGAAGGAGAGACCCAUGAACGAAGCGCAAUGUUGAGGCGACGUUGUUGAGGAUUUAACAGCCGCUCUUUCUCUCUCUCUCUCUCUACCCCCCUGGAUCUGCCCCCCCAGCCCCUUUUUACCCCCCAUCUCACCACCACCACCACCACUACACCACCCACCCACUGGAGGAUGCUCAGUCUUGCCUGCUCUGAUGCUGUACUACUAGCUGCCAGGACUACUGCCACUUUCCCAGCUGCUCUCUUCAGCUUCUUUGCCUGCUCCAAAGCCACUCUCUCAUCCAGCCGGCCACAGGGGGCUCAGGCUGCCCCUUCUUCCCUGAUACCCAUGGAGCCCACCCUGCGGGCGGAUCCCCCACUUUGGUAGACAUUCUUCCUCGCAUUCUAUCACCUUGUUGCGGGCUUGGCACUAGCUUUGCCAGGCAGAGAGAUAAGGAGGCACUGGCAGCUCUCCAGCUCCAUGCUUUUCUGACUCCUUCAAGGCUGCGAUUGUCGGCAUCUGACAAAGAGAUGACCCAAGAACAGUGCACUCAUAGGAACAAUGUCCAGAGCACCGAGAAACCGCAUGUGUACAAAGUGGGCAUCUAUGGCUGGCGGAAACGUUGCCUUUACUUCUUCGUCCUCCUCCUCAUGAUCCUCAUCCUGGUCAACCUUGCACUCACCAUUUGGAUUCUCAAGGUCAUGAACUUCACCAUAGAUGGCAUGGGUCACUUGCGAAUCACGGAGAGAGGGCUCAAACUUGAGGGCGACUCAGAAUUCCUCCAGCCACUGUAUGCCAAAGAAAUCCAGUCCAGACCAGGUAGUCCACUUUUCCUGCAGUCAUCUAAAAAUGUCUCCAUCAACAUCCUGAAUGGGAAGAACCAGUUGGUCUCGCAGUUAAUUGCAGGUUCCAAUGGAGUUCACGCACGGGGCAAGAUGCUUGAGGUGAAGUCAAGCACAGGAAAGCUGCUGUUCUCUGCCGAUGACCGUGAGGUGGUGGUGGGGGCCGAGAGAUUACGAGUCAUGGGGGCAGAGGGAGCCGUGUUCAGCAACUCGGUGGAGACCCCACAUGUCCGAGCGGAGCCCUUCAAAGAGCUGCGUUUGGAGUCUCCCACCCGUGCACUGUACAUGGAGGCUCCUAAAGGUGUGCAGAUUCAGGCAGAGGCAGGUGACAUCCAAGCCACAUGCAGAAGUGAUCUGCGUCUGGAGUCUAAAGACGGAGAGAUCACUCUGGAUGCCAGGAGGAUCAAGCUCUUGCGUCUGCCCGAGGGGAAAGCCUCCCCCUCAGGAACCAGACAGACUGUCUAUGAGGUGUGUGUCUGCCCCAAUGGGAAACUCUUCUUAUCUCAAGCUGGAACAGGAUCCACCUGCCAGAUCAGCAACAAUAUCUGCCUCUAGACACUCUUUAACUCUUAGACCCACACACACACACAUACACACACCCCCCCACACUGACACACAAACAGCCAUACACCCACACAUAUACAGCUGUCUGUUUUACUCACACAAACUGCGAACCUGGUCCUCUGAAGAGUCCCACUAUGAUAAGAACUGAUUUUUUUCUCAAGAUCUGUGAAGAGACACUUCAGUGUCAAAGCCUGUUUGCGAAGGCAAUUUCAAAAGCAAGAAACUUUUGGGUGAUCACCGCAAUUCCACUGCACUUUUUUAGUACUAUUGCCAUCAAGCGUCCCAGAUUUCCGUAGCUGUUGGUUCUUUUAAGUAAAGGUGGAGUGCAUCAGCUCAUGCAGUGAAUGCUAAAUUUGUCCUUUUCUUUUUCUAUUCGAUUCCAUCUGUAACACGCUUUUGGUCACCUCGUUAUUUUUACUACUUCGUCUUUCAAAUCGCGACAGAAGUGCUCGCUCAUGGAAACAAUAAGUGAAUGUCGCAUCCAAACUGGACGUACAGUGAUGGUGAUCACCCGAACUAAAACUGUGCUUGCAAUGGGACUGACCCAAACACACCCACUCUGUUCAAAGAGGAGAACAGUGCCUGUGCCUUAUCUCAAUGCACUCGUGGCAAGAAGAAGCACAUCUCACUGACUUAUUUUGACAAGGAAACUUUUAUUUUGAUGUACUUUUUUUCUUUGGUGAUCUUUGCCCCUGGAAAUCGACACUUUUUCAGUUGUACAAAAGUACAAGAAUGCAAAGGACACAAAUGACCGCGGCCGCAGACACGUCCCAUCAUUGAGGUUCUGGUGUUGGUAACUGCUUCAUUACGCAGAUAGGCAAAAGGCCACAAUUAUUUAGUCUGAAUGUCUUUUCUUGUCCUUUGUGUCCUUCUAUUUGGCACAGCACUAAGAAAAACGAUGAUUUUUGGCCACAAGUGCUUUUCUUUCAUAGCGGCUGGUGGGGAAUUUGGCCUUUGCAUUCUUCUUGGAAUGUGUGUAUGUGUGUGUGGGUGUGUGUACACCAGUAUGUUUGUGUGUUGAAAAAGUUCUACCACAAGGUUUUAUGUAUUUUUCUCUAUUUGAUCUUAUAUGAUAAACAGAAAUAAAAACAAACCAGAAAGAUGAACCAAAAAAAGGCUGGAGGGCCUGAAUGACUUUCAGUGUCCUAUAGCUGAAUUUUUGCCAACUGUUGCAAGCUCUCACGCAUACAAUGUGCAGCACAUUCUGUUCUAGACUGAGGAUCUACCGUAAAUGUUCACGUGGCUUUAUGUGGAAAACAUAAAUGCGUUUCAAACUCAAACCUUCAUCUGAAAGUUGGCAGGGCUCAGAAUAUGUUUGCCAAUCUCUGGCUCAUGUGACAGUUUUGUUGUUUGGUUAUUUGUUUCAACAUUUUGAAAUUCUAAAUGACCUAUCCAUGCUCUGCCCACCAGUGCGUUCUUUCCUGGCAACAGAAAAAAUUCCAGGUAGCAAAAAUUCCAAGUUUCUGUCAAGAUACAAAAAUUGCGUUUAGGUUUAACCAAUUAAACUGCAAGGGUCUGUAUGUGUGCCCACACUUUAGUUCUCACCCUCAGAACAAUAUAACUUACAAAGUCUACUUGCCUCAUAGUUGCUACUGAAUAAUUUAUUGUAUAGCAUAGAUACUAAUAGGUCUUAGAUUAAGACCUGACUAGGACACUGUGUUUAGGGGUUGAAUAUACCAGUUCAAAUCUGGACAACUGAAUAUGCAGGUUCAUAAUCUUAAAGACUUUUGAUGCCUAAUUAAAAAAAUUAAUACAGCAAGAAAAUUUCAGCAAUAACAAGAGCUCAGCAUAUGUGGAUAUUCUGCAGUCAUGUGGGAAAAGUAUCUCUUGUGGUUCCUAAUGCUUGGGAGCUUUUUAAGAUGCAUCAAAGCAGAGGCCAAAUUUCUAAAAGAAACUAAAAUGGAAGAUAAUCUGACUUUUUUUAUUCAUUACAAUUCCUUAUGUAUUGUCAUAAUUGCAAUAUCUUCACACUGCGAUUAUAAAAUAUGGAAAAUAGUUUUAGAAAAUUGUUCAAAAGCUUCAAAACCCCUCUUCAGAAGCUCAGAAUCAGUGUUUUUGAAAACUAACACUAAUUUUGUUGCAGAAAUAUGAGUAAAAUGUUUCUAAUAGAUUUGUCUUCUGAAAUUUCAUAGGUUUUUAAAUCAUUAAUAGAAAGCUGUAAAAACAUUAAGAAUUUUUACAUCCAGCAUAAUGUGGUCAGAAUAGUGGUCAGGUAGUCGAGUAAGCUUUAGCAAGGUAUUGUUUCCCACCUGCCUUACUCUCAAUUAUUUACAACAACAUAAUCCAAACAGCAAAGCCUGCCAUUUAAUCCAAACUUUAAUUACAAUCCAAAUUAAUUGCAUUUUUAAUUCUCUAAAGCUUCUCCAAGGCCCAAUUCCAUUUCACCCCUUGCCCCUACCACUGGGCCCUUAGGGUUCACAUCUAGGUUUAGGGUGUCCCAAUUUUUGUUGAGAUACUUGUUUUGUUGAGGGCUACAUUUCCCUCCAAAUAGAGGAUUUUCACAGGUUCCAAACAGAGUAUUUUGAUAAAAACAAAGAAAAACUGGCAAGAUGGCUGCGCGAGCAACCUAAGAAACUCACAAAUGUAUUUUCUCAGUUAAAAAA